AUGAUGCCGACUUUUACAGCGAUGUUCAACCUGUCGAUCAAUCGGAUCGGACCGUUGGCGCUUUUCGGCUAUCAAGAGAACGACCCGGCUGUACAGUCGUUGCGUCAAGUUGCAUAUUUUACUGUCGGAUAUCUACCCUAUUACGAGUUUUUGUCAUGUGCCGUAUGCAUAUGUGCGAAUGGCUACAGUUCGUUUCGCUUCAUGAACGUUGGAACUUUCAGUAAGAACUUUCGAAUUGUCAUGGUAAGAAUGGAUGGUUUUGAGAGUAGACAGUAAAAAUUUUAAGAAUUUUGCGAGCUACUUUCAAAGGCUGAAACGGUGAAAUGUCCUUACUUUUUUCAAAUUUUUCUCACGCGAGCCAAGUCCAUGCUUUUGUUAGUGUGAAAAAUUAGGCGCUACAAAUUUCCGUGUCAGCAACAGUUCGGGUCAACGAUGUUAUGGAUGGCGUCGGUUUGUCAAGGCUUAGUUAGUAGAAAUAACAAGAUUGAUCGGGCCUAGGAUAGCUUAUCACCUAUUUUUAGGUAUUUUUUACAUGUACUAACAUCAAUAAAAUCUAGAUAGAAGUUACGGAUUUUCGUUUUUCGCCGCAAAUUUUGGUCUUUUGUAUGUCAGACUAACUCAGGAUAAAGAAAAUUAACGUCAGUAACAGCUAAAGUUUAAAAAAAUGGACACAUAUUUCAAGUCUUCGCCGAGUAACCGCCGAGCCUUCGCCGGGCAUCCAACGGUUUUGCCCGGCCUUUCGAGGCUCCUAGGCACUUCCUACAGCCUUAUUUUGGGAAUCGGCUUGCCCUACGCUCCGUAUCGAGCUAUUAUGUUGUGUUAACCCGAACUGUGGUAGACCCCAAGAGCGGGACGCGAUUGGUUUUUGCAAAAAGCGAGCUAAUUAUCUCAUACUUCGCUUAAAAAGUUCUAGCGUGCGUUAAGCUGCUCGUUGUCGAAAUUUUGCCCCACGAGAAUAUCUCUGGUUAACUCAAAUUAUUUAAUUUUUUUUAUUUGUCAUCACUUUUUCACCACCAGAUUUUUUUCAGAUAGCAACGAACAUCAUGAUCAGCUGUGUCGCGCUAAUCCGACCGAUCUGUUUCCUAGUGCCUGA